UCAUUAAAUAAAAUCAUAACAUAACCUAUAGUACUUAUACAUUGUGAAUGCACGUGUACCUUUCAAAAAAUUAUUUUAUAUUUUGAAUAUUAAGUAGUACACAUAAAAAUUAAAUUGAUAUAAAUAAACAUGCAGCAUGAUGACGUUGUUUGGAGUGUUAUUAACAAGUCCUUUUGUUCCUUCAAAGUAAACACAAAGACUCAGAGGUUUUGUCGCAAUGAAUAUAAUCUCACAGGUCUAUGUAGUAGAGCGUCUUGUCCACUUGCGAAUAGUCAGUAUGCUACAAUUAGAGAAGAAAAUGGUAUUAUAUACUUGUAUAUGAGGACAGCUGAAAGAAUACAUUUUCCAAAAAAUGCCUGGGAGAAGGUUAAGCUUUCCAGAAAUUUUGAAAAAGCUAUACAACAGAUUAAUGAAAAUUUAUUAUAUUGGCCUGGUUUCAUUAAAGCAAAAUGUAAACAGAGAUUUCUAAAAAUUACACAGUAUCUAAUACGUAUGAGAAAAUUACGAUUAAGGAGGCAAAAACAAAUUGUACCAAUUCAAAGAAAGAUUGAGAGGAGAGAAAGGCGAAGAGAAGAAAAGGCUCUUAUCGCUGCUAAAUUAGAAACAUCGAUAGAAAAGCAACUUAUGGAAAGAUUGAAACAAGGCAUGUAUAAUGAUAUUUAUAAUUUCCCACAAAGAGUAUUCGAUAAAGCUGUGGAAGCUGUUGAAGUUGAAGGUGAAAGUGAAGCUGAGAGUGAAGCAGAAGAGGAACUAGCCCAAGAAAUUGAAAGAGAAGUAGAACUGGAAUUAGAAGCAGAUGAAAGAGAAAAGGAAAGAAAUGAGCCGCAUUAUGUAGAAGCAGACACAGAUGAAGAGGAUGAUGAAGAUGAUUUUGAUAUUGAAGAAGUGUCCAUUGAUGAAGAUAGUGAUUCAGGACAAAAGGAAGAAGUUAUAUUAUCUGACAAUUUUGAGUCUGAAACGAGUGAUAUUGAGGAUCUAGUACCUUCUACCAGUAAAAAGGCAAAACAUCGAGUCAUCAAAAAAGUUAAAACACAAAAGAGAUCACGUCCGAGGGUUGAAAUCGAAUAUGAAAUGGAAGAAGAAGUACGACAAAAAGAACUGGCAUAGUAAAUGUAUAGUUAGGGAAAUUGUAACUAUAUUUCUAAUAAAGUUGAUAUGAAUUUUA